GACCUGUUUACACUGGGCAUGCAAACGCAACCACGGUCAGGUGGUCUCUUACCUGCUAAAAUCCGGAGCCGACAAAGAGAUUCUGACCACCAAGGGGGAAAUGCCGGUACAGUUAACAUCGAGGAGAGAGAUCAGGAAGAUCAUGGGAGCGGAAGAAGAUGAUGAGGGUGACAGCCUCCCCCAGCAGAAGGAGUCAGAUCUGCCCUUUGUUCCCAACUACUUGGCGAACCCGCCCUUCCCCUUCAUCUACACCGCCGCGGCCGAAGAGUCAGCCCCGCUGCAGAACGGGGGCCCCUCCACCCCUCCAGCCUCCUGUCCCGAGGACAGCUCCCCUGCGAUGCUGCCCCCCGGGGAGCCCUCCCUGCUAGGGGCCUUUCCUCGGGACCACACUUCUUUGGCACUGGUGCAGAACGGCGACGUGUCUGCCCCUUCUGCCAUCCUCAGAACACCAGAAAGCACAAAGCCGGGGCCUGUUUGUCAGCCACCCGUGAGUCAGGGCCGCUCCCUGUUCUCCUCUGUCCCAUCCAAGCCACCCAUGGCUCUGGAGCCUCAAAACGGGGCAUUCACAGGACCGGCGCCAGCCUUCCAGCCAUUUUUCUUCACUGGAGCGUUUCCAUUCAGUAUGCAAGGAACACUAGAAACCACAGAUCAUCCCGAUGGCUCCAAUUCCAAACAAACACCACAAGAGCUGGUACUUAAGGUGAGGAUUCAGAACCCAUCCCUGCGAGAAAACGAUUUCAUUGAAAUUGAACUGGACCGACAGGAGCUUACUUACCAAGAGCUACUCAGAGUGAGCUGCUGUGAGCUGGGCGUCAAUCCAGACCAAGUGGAGAAGAUCAGAAAGCUCCCCAACACUCUGCUGAGAAAGGACAAAGAUGUUGCUCGACUCCAGGAUUUCCAGGAGCUGGAACUGGUUCUAAUGAUAAGUGAAAAUAAUUUUCUGUUCAGAAAUGCUGCCUCCACCCUGACUGAAAGGCCUUGCUACAACAGGAGAGCUUCCAAACUGACGUACUAACGCGGCAGGGACUUUUAUCACUGAGUAGUGUGACAGUGCAUGUCACCUCUGGGCCAAGGACAAGCCAUUGAUCCAAAAACCUCGAUGCCCCGAGGGCCCCUGGUGCCACCGAGUAGUGUCACUAACACCAUUCUGCCAGGGCAGGAGGCCCCAGCCUAACCCGCAGCGGUGCCACGCUUCCAAGCCUCUUGGUGCACAACAGACCUAUCCCUUGAAACAGAACAGCUGGCAGGCGGCCCGGGGACCGCAGUGAGCUCCUCCAGCCGGCGUGCUUUCUGUGCGGAAGGGAGGCAGGUGCGCUGACCCAGGGAGCAGGGCCCGUGUCCCGGCCCUGUGCACGGCACACUGCAGGGCUGGGCUCGCUGCCCUGGGCCCUCCGAGGUGCACGCUCAGGACGCUCCUGAACCUGAACCCACCGGCAGGAAGGUGGGGGAAAGCACAGGCACUGGCCAAAGGGCUGAGUGGGACUUGUGGCUGUGAGGUUUCCUCUGACGUAUUUAUAAAUGUUACUCAGGUUAAAGUAUUUAAGAGUACAGUUACCUAAUUGUAAAUAGGCUGUUAACCAAAAGAGCUCCCCUCCCCGCUUCUCCUGGGUGACCCCUCAGCCUGCUUCUGUCCCCACAGUCAUCUCUGCAUUGUCUCCCCACCACCGUCGCUAGAGGGCUCUCUGGCGCGCUCCAGAGGAGCCCCGCCGUUCACUCUGAGGCCGUUCCUGCACUGACGUGUUUAUUGCACCGCUGGAGAAGAGCACAAACAUUGCCAGUCUUGCUCCCGACUCUCAUCUCCCACUAGAAGUGAAAAGCAGUUUUUGAGCCUGAAUCUGUUGCUAUUUUAAAGGUUAUUGUAGGAAACUGAGCUAAAGGAGUCAGCAUCUUUAUUUUUGUAUCAGAGAUAAAGGUUAUUUUGAAAUUAUUAGGAUUUUUACACAACUCUGAAAUCUGUUGCUUUUGUAAACCAAUUGUUUGAUCUUCAGGACUCCUCACAGCUCCCCGCACCACUCAGGCGAGGUGUGAGUCUACCAGACCUAAACGAAGGCCGGAACAAACACCCGCUCAGACCCUCAAGCGUGGCAGAACAGUUUUUUCCAAGAGUGCAUUCAAGGAUUCUUUCCCUUUUCUUCAGUGUCGUUCACGUUACAGGAAGCCAGUGUCUGCUGAAACCAACAGCUUAGCCUUAGAGGUAGGAGCCCAGACAGAUGCCCAGGAGAGCGGGUCAGAGCCUGCUGAGGAGAAGCAGCCCUGCUGUCUUAAGAAGCUCUCUCCCCAUAGUGCCUAUAGUUUCCAAAGAAAUGGAACUUCCUGUUAAUUUUAUUAGAGCACUGCAGUUAGCGAGAACAUGCAGAAGAUGUCACGGAAGAAACUGUUGUGCUAAGAUGAUGGCUUCCUGCUGCUGCCUGAAUGCCGCCGGGAGGCUGAGGUGUUCUUCCAGGCCAAUUGCUCCAGCCACUUUGCUUAGUGACUUAAUUGUGUCCCACCGGCUCCUGCUGGUGACCCACUCGUGCUGGGAGUGUUUGCCUCGCAGAGUGAAGGUUGCUUGUCACCCUCUCCUCUCCAGUGCUUUGAGGAAGAACCCUGUCUUGUGUUCCAUCCAAUCAGAAACUACUUUAUCUAGGCGUACUGACCUUUUUUUUUUUCCUUUGCUUUGGAAAAAAGUCACAGUUUACUAAUACAAUUAAGUGUGGGUCUACCCUGGAAGAAAUAAAUUCAGUAUUAAUUCAUGUCUAAAUUACUGAGGUUCCACUCUUUGAGCCGCCUCGAUUAAUCAGAGACUCCUGGGAGCAGCUAGGCGCCUGGCUGGGAGGGGGCCGCGGAGGGGGCCCAGGGCGUUCCCCGGCUCGGGCGGAGGAGGACUGGUGUCCCGGGUGAGAGUGGGGCCCGGCUGUGUGUGCCCGUGCGUGUCCCGCUCUUGCCUCCAAGCCUGUGUAGUCGCUGGCAGUGGGAUGAGACUGCACAGUUGCCGGGAGGUAAAUCAGACGUCUUAAUCUAUGCAUUCAGAGAAAUAUUUUUAUAUGCUUUGUGUAAUUUCUAACGACCUUUUGUUAGGUUUGUUAACUGAGCUCGCCCCUCUCCACCUUGUUUAAAGCAUGUGUUCACACUGUGUGUAAACAUUCCUAGGAGAUUCUUUUCUUUGUGCAUUGCUAACUCCUCAAACAGGGCAGAUGUUAUUAAAGUUAAAUAUUAACCGA